AUGGAAGAGAUGAAGGAUUCCAUGAGGAGAGCAAAUCACGUAGAUGACCUCGUCCACAGGACUGAUUUCCCCUUCAUUGCAUCCAUCACGAGUCAUCCCCUGCCUUCCAAGUUCAAAAUGUCUACCUUGGACUCAUAUGAUGGGAUGCGUGAUCCUUGUGAUCACAUUGCCACGUUUAAGACAAUCAUGCAUCUCCAAGGUGUUCCAGACGAAAUCAUGUGCAGGGCCUUUCCUACCACGUUGAAAGGCCUAUCCAGAGUAUGGUUUGGUAAGUUACCACCAAACAGCAUAACCUCGUUCCAGGAGUUAAGUAAGUUGUUCGUUAACAACCUUGUAGGGGGACAAAGGCAGAAGUGUUCCUCGUCCAACCUGUUAAACAUAGAACAAGGAGAAAACAAUAGUCUGCGUACCUUCAUUAGCCAUUUUAACAGCAAAACCUUAUUAGUGGACGAAAUGGAUGACAAGAUCCUUUUAGCAACUUUCUACAAUGGAGUUAGUUCAAACUUGUUCAUCCAUAAGCUGUAUGACCAGGAUCCACAGACAAUGGCUGAGUUGAUACAUUCAGCCCAAUUUUUCAUGAACGCAGAAGACGCGAUUAUUGCCAAGAAAAAGAAGAAAGGUGAAUGA